AUCAAAAGCAAUUAUUUCCAUUGUGAAAGUCCUUCGUGACUCGUGAAACACGUGUUGGCUGCAACUCAAGUCAAUAAAUACACAUUUCAACAUUCAUACGGUUCAUCGCCUCCAUUCUCAAUCAGCAGAUCUCAAGAAUUUACUGAGUAAAGAUUCGAAAUGGGGAGGAUGUAUCAGAAGCAGGCACUUUGCGGUGGUCAAGGAGGGCGUGAAUGGGACGACGAUGUAUACGAGGGAGUAAGAAAAGUGUACGUAGGGCAAGAUCUGUCACGUAUCACUUACGUCAAAUUCGAGUACGUUAAGGAAGACGGCCAAGUAGUAACACGUGAAUAUGGCACGAUAACUCAACAUCCUAGAGAGUUUGUACUUGAAUAUCCGGAUGAACACAUCGUAGCGGUAGAGGGAAGCUACAACAAAGUGGCUAUGUAUGCCACGGAUGUGAUCACGUCACUCGUCUUCAAGACCUCAAAGGGCAGAACGUCUCCAACGUUUGGUCCAAACUUGUUUGGAGUUGUGAAUGGUACAAAGUUUGUUUUUGAGGACGAGGGAAAGAAGAUCGUAGGCUUUCAUGGACGGUCCGAUAAUGCUAUCGACGCUCUUGGAGUUUACUUUGUACUAGACUCUCCGACCACGUCGACCCCUCUUUACAAGCUGGAAGCCCAAGGUGGCACAGAGGGGCGUGUUUGGGACGAUGGUUCUUACAACGGCGUUAAAACGCUGCGCAUCGGUCAAGAUGAUUGCCGUAUCACUUAUUUAGAGUUCGAGUACGAGAAAGGUGGGAAGUCAGAGACAUGUCACCAUGGUGUGAAAGGAGAAACAUUAUCUGAGUUUGUGCUUGAUUUCCCGAAUGAAUACAUCAAAUCAGUUGAAGCAACCUAUGAUAAGCCGAGCUUUUUUCGCAAUACCGUCAUUACUUCGCUUAAGUUGGAAACAUCAAAGUGUAGAACACCAAUCUUUGGCUAUGAGGUGGGUAAGAAGUUUGUGCUAGAGAAAAAUGGUCAUAGGCUUAUCGGAUUCCAUGGAAAGGAAGGUGAAGCUAUUGAUGCUCUUGGAGCAUAUUUUGCACCUGUUCCUACUCCCACUCCUACUCCUACUCCUUCCAUUCCAGUGAUAGGAGAUCCAUGGUCUGAUGGUGUCUACGACGGUGUAAAGAAGAUACACAUAGGAGUAUAUGAAGAAGGUAUAUCCUUUCUCAAGUUUGAUUACAUUAAAGGCAAUGGCCUGGUAUCUGGUGAUGUCCAUGGAAAGAUGACAUCAGUCGGAGCUGGAGAGUUUGUGCUGGAGGAUGGUGAAUACCUCGCGGCCUCUUUGGACGGCUACUAUAAACCUAUACCGGGCGCGCCAUUUGGAAAAAUUGCCGCUCUUCGGUUCAAGACGAACAAAAGGGAGUCGCCUCUGUUUGGAAAAGAGUCCGGUGAGAAGUUCUCUCUCACGGAGAAAGACCAAAAGAUCACCGGAUUCCAUGGACGAGCUACCGAUGUUAUUUACGAUCUCAUGUUCUCUUGCCGGCACAAGAGCAUCGGCUAGUUGAAAACCAGCUUAUAUAGUCGUAUAUUGACUGAAUAAAACUUUCAAUAUAUAUAUAAAGAGAUUGGUAUGUGUUCUCUUUAUGAAUAUAAAUAACUGAGAAUAAGAGAGAUUGGUGUGUGUUCUCUUUAUGAAUAAAACUUUCAAUGUGAGGGAUUGGUGUGUAUUAUUCUUAUUUUAAUUUGCUAUUAGACUAAAUAGUGUUGACUAGUAGUCGAAUCCUCGACGUAUUUGCCAAUAUUUUUUUUUGUUUGACCUACCGUGUUUGCCAAUAAAUGAUCAUCCACUGUAAUUAUAUUUUUAUUAAGUAAUUUGGUUCUAAAAAUCUA